UAUAACAAUUCCGACGUUGAACUUUGAAUGUGAGAACCGAAUAACGUUGCAGUACAGAAUUCUUUAUAUUCAACUUAUGUUUUUACCUUUAUGGAUAUUGUUGAUAUUCAUUAGCAUAUAACAAAAUGUCUAAAAAAAAUGGGUUUUUAAAAGUGUUGUUUUCUUAUAUUCACGUUUUGUCGUACUCCUGUUUAAACUCAUUAGUGUGCUUUUGUAAGCAUUAGUGCUCCUGAAACUUUGUUUGUUUCUUAUGAGAAACUGCGACUUCUAAUUUUGUGACUCGCACCGGUUCGUGAGUCACGUACCAUCCCUAUUGCAAAGUGCACAAACAGACGCACUACCGGAGUUUAAUGAAAUAGCUGCCUGGAAGACCUAUAUUUCCCUUAACCCAUGGAUAAUAAAUCUGCCGUGUCAGCUCUGCAGGAAUUCUGUGCCAAGUCAAAGAAUACUCCACCUGUAUAUAACUUUAUCGACGGCGAGGAAGGAGGAUACGUUUGUAAAGUAGAACUGAUGGAGAUCGAGGCCUAUGGAAAUGGGCGCUCCAAGCGUGAUGCGAAACACUUGGCUGCUGUCAAUAUUCUGCGUAAGAUCCGAAAGCUACCCGGCGCAAGCAUUUUGUUGGAACAGAGCGAAACGGUGGCGGAUGCAUGUGAGGAGCUCACCAAUAUGAAUCGAGACAUGCUGAAGGAGCUGCGGGACUACUGCGUCCGCCACGAAAUGCCUUUGCCCACCAUAGAGAUUGUACAGCAGAGUGGCACUCCGAGUGCCCCGGAAUUCGUGGCCUGCUGCACUGUGGCCUCCAUAGUUCGCUAUGGAAAGUCGGACAAAAAGAAGGAUGCCCGUCAGCGUGCGGCCAUUGAAAUGCUGGCCAUAAUAUCCGUCGAAGAAAAUACAUUGCGUCCAGAUAAAAUGCAGGUGGUGAGUGUUAAGCCAUCGGAAGAUCUUACUGCAGACGAAAUUUUCGAGGAUUUGGAAGUGGAGCGCAGGAAGAAGUUUAACACCUACAGAGAGCUCACGGAAGCCGGAAGCGUGGAUAACACGGGCCUGCGUCUCUGUGACCGCCAUAACUACUUUAAGAACUUCUAUCCUGCUCUGAAAGAAUCUGCCUUUGAGGCUAUUCGAUCAGAUGAGUAUAUAAGCUCCAAGGAUAAGGCUUUGAGCGUGCUAAGUGCAUUAAAGAUUACUCCAACGAUCACUAUCUUGAAGUCUUCUUCGAUGGAACCCCUUCUGUGUGUGGAACUAAAUUGCGACUUCGAUGUGGUCUUUGUAGCUCUGGAAACCGUGAUCUUCGAAGAUAUAAUCGAAUACUUCAGCAAUAUGUUGAUAUAAUACUUAUAGUUCCCAAUAUAUAUGGCAUAUAUAACAUUUAUUUUUUAACUACGUGGCUUACAAAUAAGUAAACUGUCUUGUAUUUACAUUCUAAACAAGUUCAGAUAAUGCACAUAUUUGUUUGUAA